UUAAUUAAAAAUUUUACAAAAAUGAAGUUAUCCAUUGCUUUAGGCAUUUUAACAGUUUUUACUGUUGUUCAUUCUUACCCCCAACGAAGAAGAGAAUAUAACAGUAACUCUCCUCCAGAUAGUAAUGCAAUAAGUGAGAACGGUAAUCCAGCAUUGGUCUUAAAUAGUAAUCGGAAUAAUGGAUUCGAAUACAACUUUGAAGGUUACCACAAAGAAAACUCUAAGACAACUGAAGUAAAAGAUCCUGAAGGCAGUGUUUAUACUGAACACAGUAAAAGGGAGUCAGGAAUAGUUGCAAAAAAACAAGAUCGAGGAACUAUUAAUGAUAAUGACAAAUAUGUUAAAGUUGAAAAUAGGAGAAGGGAAAAGAGACAAGCUGAGGAUAAUGAUGGAUAUGUAAAUAAUAAAGAAGUAGAUGAAGAGAAACAUGAAAAUAAGAAUAAAAAGGAUAAAAACAUAGAAACUAACAAAGACGAUGGUGCGAAAAAAGACAAGAAUGGCAACGGAGCUACAGAUCAAGAAAAAAAUUCAGAUGUAAUAGAUGGUAACGAAAGUGCAGAUCACAAAGAUGGCGAAGGUAAUAAUAAAGAUGUUAUUCAAAAUGAUAAGGAUCAGAAUGAUGACGAAGAAGAAAAGAAUGAUAAUAAAGCUCCAGAUCCUAACAAUAAUGAAAAACAUAACAAUGAUAAUGGAGCUGAAAAUAAUAAAAAUGACAAGGGAAAUGAUCUUAAUGAAGACGAUCAUAAAGAAAACAAAGAGGAAAGUGAAAACAAUUCUAAUCUAGAUAAAAAUGAAGAUAAUGACAACGGAAAUCCAGCUCAAAAUAAUGAUGAAGAUAAGGAUGUUAAUCAGGAUAAUAAUAAAGAUACUAAGAAAGACGAAGGUGAGCAAAAAGACAACAAUUCGAAUGAUGACAAAGUUCCCAAUACUAACAAGAAUGAAGAUCAUAACAACGAUAAUAAAGCUCAAAAUAAUAAGGAAGACAAAGAUAACGAAGACGUGGAAGUUAGGAAAACAGACAAUGAAUCGAAUGAUAACAAAGUUCCAGAUUCAAACAAUAAUGAAAAACAUAACAAUGAUGAUGGAGUUCAAAAUAAUAAAGAUGACAAUGGAAAGGAUGUUAAAGAUGUUGACCAUAAAGAAAACAAAGAGGAAGGUGCCAACAAUUCUAAUACAGAUAAAAAUGUAGAUAAUGACAACGGAAAACCAGCUAAAAAUAAUGAUGAAGAUAAGGUUGUUAAUCAGGAUAAUAAUAAAGCUACUAAAAAAGACAACAAUUCGAAUGAUGACAAAGUUCCAGAUACUAACAAGAAUGAAGAUCAUAACACCGAUAAUGAAUCUCAAAAUAAUAAGGAAGACAAAGAUAACGAAAACGUGGAAGUUAAGAAAACAGACAACGAAUCGAGUGACAACAAAGUUCCAGAUUUAAACAAUAAUGAAAAACAUAACAAUGAUAACAAAGAUGACAAGGGAAAGGAUGUUAAAGAUGUUGACCAUAAAGAAAACAAAGAAGAAGGUGACAACAAUUCUAAUCCAGAUAAAAAUUUAGAUAAUGACAAUGAAAAUCCAACUCAAAAUAAUGAUGAAGAUAAGGAUGUUAAUCAGGAUAAUAAUAAAGAUACUAAGAAAGACGAAGGUGAGCAAAAAGACAACAAUUCGAAUGAUGACAAAGUUCCAGAUACUAACAAGAAUGAAGAUCAUAACACAGAUAAUGAAGCUCAAAAUAAUAAGGAAGGCAAAGAUAACGAAGACGUGGAAGUUAAGAAAACAGACAAUGAAUCGAGUGAUAACAAAGUUCCGGAUUCAAACAAUAAUGAUAAACAUAACGAUGAUGAGGGAGCUCAAAAUAAUAAAGAUGACCAGGGAAAGGAUCUAAAUGAAGACGAUCAUAAUAAAAACAAAGAAGAAGGUGACAACAAUUCUAAUCCAGAUAAAAAUUUAGAUAACGACAAUGGAAAUACAGCUCGAAAUAAUGAUGAAGAAAAGGAUGUUAAUCUGGAUAAUAAAGAUACUAAAAAAGACGAAGGUGAGCAAAAAGACAACAAUUCGAAUGAUGACAAAGUUCCAGAUACUAACAAAAAUGAAGAUCAUAACACCGAUAAUGAAUCUCAAAAUAAUAAGGAAGACAAAGAUAACGAAGACGUAGAAGAUAAGAAAAACGAAAAGGAAUCGAAUGAUAACAAAGUUCCAGAUCCAAACAAUAAUGAAAAACAUAACAACGAUGAUGGAGCUCAAAAUAAUAAAGAUGACAAGGAAAAGGAUAUUAAAGAAGACGACCAUAAAGAAAAAGAGGAAGGUGACAACAAUUCUAAUCCAAAUAAAAAUGAAGAUAAUGACAAUGAAAAUCCAGCUCAAAAUAAUGAUGAAAAUAAUGAUAAGGAUGUUAAUCAGAACGAGCAGAAACAUGACAACGAUAAAAACAAAGACAAAGAUGAACAAAAAAACACCAAUUCGAAUGAUGGCAAAGUUCCUGACAAGAAUGAAAAACAUGAUAACCAUGAUGUGUCUCAAAAUAAUAAUGAAGAUAACCAAGAGGAAGAUGGGGAAAACGACGAUGAUGAAGAUUAUGACUAUGAAGAUGAAGAUAACGAUGAUGAUGAAGACGAUGAUAAUGAUAAUAAUGAAGACGAAGAUGACGGCGAGGACGAUGAUGAAGAGGAGGAUGACGACGACGAUGAGUAUGAUUAUAAUUAUGAAGACGAUAAUUAUGAUGGUGAAAAUGACGAGGAUGAAGAUUAUGACUAUGAGUAUGAAGAUAAUGAUGAAGACGAUGACAAUGAUGAAGACGAUGAUAAUGAUGAAGGCGAAGAUGACGACGAGAAUGAAUAUGAUUAUGAAAAUUAUGAUGAAGAUGAGAACAACAAAGAAAAUGUGCUUUAUAUAUUUGACAAUAUUGUAGAAUUUAAAACGGAUCAUUUCUAAUAAAUUGCAAUUUAAAUUUGUUUGAAUAACACA